AUGAAGGGGAAACGCCAGGAGAAAACCCUGGGAGACAGAGAAGGACUGGUUAGUUUAGGGAAGGGUGAGAACUCCGAUGUAAGGAGUAUGCAGGAUCUCCUCAUUCAGACUGAUACUAGCUGUGGGUCUGUUGUAUAUGACUUUUCUUGUGUUGAGAAGAUAUCAUCAUAUGUUAUAAACUGUACCAUAAAUCUGGUGACUGAUGAAGAAGGAGAAACAAAUGUGACUAUUCAAUUCUGGGAUUCUGAAGGUAGGCAAGAAAGACUCAUUAAAGAAAUCAAGAAUGUGAAAGUCAAAGUACUCAGACAAAAAGACAGUCUUCUCCAGGCACCAAUGCAUAUUGAUAGAAAUAUCCUAAUGCUUAUUUUACUACUAAUACUGUUGAAUAAAUGCACAUUUAGUUGCAAUAUUGAAUUACAGGUGUUUCAAACAGCAUUGAAGAGACCUUUGCCAGUAAUUCUUGGGGCAGUUACAAGUUUUUUUUUUAUGCUAUUUUGUGGAUUUCUUUUGUCUCAGAUUGUGGCAUUGCCUGAGGCACAAGCUUUUGGAUUUGUAAUGACCUGCACGUGCCCAGAGGGUGGGAGCUGUCUCUUUUCUCUGCUUCUAGACGGAAAUUUCACAUUGGCCAUUUUGAUGACUUGCACAUUAACAUUAUUGCCGAUCACGAUGCCUGUCAUUUACACAUACAGUAAGAUAUUAGGGUUGUCAGGUACAUUUCAUAUUCCUGUUUCUAAAAUUGUGUCAACACUCCUUUUCAUACUAUCAGUAUCUGUUGAAAUAGUCAUCAAGCGUAGAAUACCUGAAAGAGCAAACUUCUUAGAGAGAAUAAUUAGACCUCUGAGUUUUAUUUUAAUGUUCAUAGGGAUUUAUUUGACUUUCAGAGUGGGAUUAAUGUUUCUAAAAACAGACAAACUAGAGGUGCUUUUGUUGGGUCUCUUAGUUCCUGCUUCACAUUUCUCAUUUGGGCACUUUUUUGCUAAAGUUUGUAUGCUGUGUCUUCUUGUUUAUAAAACUGUUGCUAUUGAAAGUUGGUUGUUAAAUAGUUUCUUAGUCCUGGCCAUUAUUCAGCUGUCUUUUCAGUCCAAGGCAAACUUAGCCUCUGUGGCUCCUUUUACAGGAGCCAUGUGUUCUGGAUGUGAAAUGUUACUGUUCCUUUUGGUCUACAAGGCUAAGAAAAGCUGUACCCUUAUCUUAGAAGAUAAGAGAAAAAGAAAUUGCCUAGCUUAA